GACAGACUGAGGGCUGGACUGACUGGAACACAACGGGAGUUUGUGCUCUGCAGAGUUUUGCCGUGAGAGUGAGACAGCCAGUCUAGACGCUCUUGACAGGCUCGUCUGAAGGAGAGACACUUCCCUCUGCGGCUCUGUCCCCAUCACCACGACACGUUUACUAACAUUCUUUUGAGAUGACACUCCAGGACUCCUGAAAAAUGAUGGCAACCUGGGCACUUUGGAUAGGAUGGAGCCUGUUGGCAUCUGUGUCAAUCAUAUUGAAAAGCUGGAAAAAAGUGGACAGACAGUCAUUGCAGAUGAAUUUCUAAGUACUAGAGUAAAACUUUGCACACUCAGCCAUGGCUGCAUGUCUGUGGCUCAGAGGAUAGGGUCUCUUAUUUUACUGUAAGGAGUGUGUAAACUGUUCAUUUAGCAAAGUCCAGCACUUCCAUUUGACCAGAGAGGCUGAAAGUGAAAUUCUCACGCACAUCUUGACGGAUCCAAUAUGGAGGUCGUACAGCCACGCUCUCUCAAAAGCAACUCAUUCUACUGGACUGGUUAAGGCUGCAGUCACAAGCAUUACUGCAAGGGCAGUAUGCAGGCAGCUGACUACCCAGCCACAAAUAAUAACACAAAGUGCAAGUUCCUCUGCACCAACGGCAGAUGUCUGAACCUUCUCUCGCUGAUUUGUAAUCAUCUGAAUGAAUGUGGAGACAACAGUGAUGAGGAACACUGCCCUUCUGCUGUACCUCCACUUCCAGACACCAUCCAUUCUGAACUGGAGUUUGUUCAGAUAAUAAUCAUAAUUGUGGUGAUGACUGUAAUGGUAGUUGUGAUCAUCUGUUUGCUGAACCACUAUCGGCUAUCAGCCUGGGCCUUCCUUACACGUCACAGCCUGGCUCGCCGACAAGACGAGGGCAUUCAGCCGGAUGGCUGUGCAUGGCCAACAGAUAGUUUGGUGACACAACAAGGAGCCACUGAGGUGAUGUAUGGUCCACGGAGUGGAGACCGCUUCAACCCGCCUUCAUUUAUGCAAAGGGACCGAUUCAGCCGCUUCCAGCCCACCUACCCGUACCUGCAGCAGGACAUCCACUUACCACCCACCAUUUGCCUGUCAGAUGGCGAGGAGUUGCCGCCCUAUAAGGGCCCCUGUACGCUGCAACUUAGAGACCCUGAGCAGCAGCUCGAGCUUAGCCGUGCGUCUGUGCGCGCUCCACCCAACCGGACCAUUUUCGACAGCGAUCUGAUAGACAUUUACGUGCAUGGAGGCGGGCCACGGCCCCCGAGCAGCAACUCUGGGAAGAGUGCCUCGAACUCGCACGUAGAGGGGCCGCCACCCACCUAUAGUGAGGUGAUGGGUCAGACGUACCCAGGCUCCACCUCCUUCCUGCACCAGCACAGCAAUAACGCACCACCCUUCAAUCAGAGGACAGCCAGUGGCUCCGCCCAACCUGGCACAAGAACAACCCCGUUCGUCAAGGUUAAGGAUAGUCGGCGCGACAAACCGGUGUGACUAGGAGGCACUUGUGCUCUCUGGUACUGCCUCCAGGACCUAGAGUGGAGUGGCUUCACUCUUUGUCACGCCUUUUGCACAAUUUGAAUAGAGAAUUGAGGAACCAAGCUUACAUAUGUUUUUUGUGUUUUUUUGUGGCUAGAACUUCGGGGCCAUGUAUGGAUGUUUGGGCUUCUUGGCUAAAUCUUUGUCUGUUUGUUUGGUUUUGUAUGCUUUCCUGUAGUUAAAGAAAACGUGUGUUGGCACAGAUUGUUUGCGUGAGAGACCACCUAGGUCAUAGGAUUGAGACAUUUUUUAUUUGUUUGUGCAUUUCCUGGACUUGUAAACAUAAACUGUUCACAAACAAUCAAAAUUUAAAUUGAGUGCCAUGAUAUUAUAUAUUGGGGAUAUAAGACUCACCACAACAACAAGUUUUUACGUUGCACUUGUUCUUUAAAGUGUAUACAUGGCUACCGGUACCUGGAAUUUUUUUCCUUGUACAUUUUUUUUUUUCUGAAAUGGAGAUGUAGAACUCUGAUCCAGCCUAAAAUCUCCACAAUUGAACUGCAUCAUGGCACUUAUUAAAAGGGGGUUUAACAAACUGUUCAAAUUCCAAAUAAUUUUCCACUGACCAAGUGAGAGAUAUUGGAAUGGAUAUCUGCAAGAUGGAAGUUACGAAACAUACGCCACUUUCAUCCUGUCGAGUAGCACUUUAAACUUACGUCACUUCAGCAUUGUCAUGGGGUCCAAGUGCAAGGAAAUCAUGGGAACUGUAGUCUUAUGCACAUCAUCACGUGUCAUAUCUCGUUUAUCGUUUGUUUAUCAUUUUCCACUAAGAAAAGCAUGCAUCAUAUAGUUUUCCAGUUAUCCACACUAUAUCUCAUAUUUUAUCCCUAAUUGUUCUCUCCUGGAAUGGCGUUUAAUUCCAAGGCACCACAGGAACAUGGUUUUGCUUGUUUAUCCUCCACCAGUAUUUAUUCUUUGUGAAAGUGUACCUAGCACGAUCCGCUGUAACAUCCAUGUGUUCCCCCAUUUUUUUAUUUCAGAUUAUCACCACAUGGAACACAUUUGGAAUGCUUUCAGACAUGUUGAUUGUUUUUGUGAUCAAAUCCGAGCUUUGUAAACCAUCGGCUUUUAUCUCAUAGAAAACUUAUCAGAGCUUAGCUAUUUAUUUGUUAAUAACUAUUUAUUUAUGUUACCAGUUUAACAGGAUCUUUGGUUCAUGUGGAUGGGAAAGCCACUGUUUUCCCCAAAAUAGGUUUCUGUACAAUCACUUUUGCAUGAUUUACAAGCAAAUGUUAUUUCCCAUUCGGUUUAAUGUUUGGUUUGAAGCUUCAAAACGACCUCCUCUCAUUGGCUCUGCUUCCUAUCACUCAUUCUGGCUGCGCAGUUUGAGUUUUUACUGUAUUGCUGCUACUGCUGCUGCUGCUGCUUAUGUAGGCUUAUAUCCGCUUCCCCAUUACUUUAUAUUCCCAUAGAUUUUUCUUUUCCGUUUGUUAACAUUCAUAGUCGUACUAGGAAAACAAAUGGAAAUGUAUUUUUUACGUUUUACGCAGGUUUGCAUGUUACUAUUUACAUGAGGAAAUUUGGUGCCUAACAGUCAUGUUUAAGCAGACAUAGAAACCCACUUGCACUCAAAAGUCCCCACCUUUGUUGUGCCUCACUUCCUAUGGUGCUUCUUUCAGUAGUCGGACUCUGUUUUUUUGUAUGGUGCUGUAUAUAACUUGAAUAUAUUAUGCACAUAUCCUACCCAAUGGGUAGAAAACCACAAGAAAGCAUUGUUAAUACUGUAAUAUAAUGUAUAGAGAAUAUUAAAAAGAAAAAUUUAACACAAUGGCAUCAAGUUUUGUGAAUGCCUUCAAUUGUGCUUUGUCUUUUUUGUAAAAAUAAAGUUUGCAAAGAGAAAUGCUACAGUAUGGUCACAUAAAGACAUAAAUACUUCUUAUAUUUUUCUUUCCUAUACAGUAAAUGCAAAUCUGUUAUGUGAUGAAACAAAUAUUCUGAUUAUAAGGCAGUUAUAUAAAGGAUAACUAGCUGCUGCUUUUGUAACUUCCGAAGAAAGAAUUAUAAAUGCCAGCACUUGUCAUUUUAUUUAUUGAAAUGUUUAUUUUGUGACUGCUAAAUGUUUGGACUUGUAAGAACCACACCCAGUCAAUCGCAGAAAAUAACUUAACGUAAAAUAAUUGUACCGAAGUUAACAAAAUAAAUUGGACAAAUGCAACAGAUUGCUGAUUUUGGGCUCCCACAGAAACAGAAAGGACAUUUUGUGGUUUAUAUCAAAACAGCAGCUCAAGUUGAGGCUAUAUCUUAUUGGUGGGACAUCCAACAAAAGGGAUUUACUGGUUGCAAUUCUAAUGUGAGAAACAGCAAGAGCAAAUGCAUAACAGGAGGAAAAUCCAGCCCAUUGCAUGUUCAUUUUGCAAUUUUGCAUAGCAGUCUCGUUCCGAGCUCUGCACCGAAUGGCUAAUCUUCAGAAACAUGCUGUGUUCCGUUUCAUGUAUCUGCUUGAAUGAACGAAUAAACAAAUGACUGACUGACUGACUGACUGACUGACUGAAGAGUCAUGUGGCUGAAUUCAGCAUCUUGUUCAGAGAAUGGAUCAGGAAUUCCGACUCCACAGAAAUUCAUUGCAUCAAUGGCCUUGUGCAAGAUCACAUCACGGGACUUCAUGAGCUAUUGUGGACUACAAACAUUUCUUUUUUACAAGGAAAAAACAGUUUAUUGAGCAAGGAACACUGCUGUCCUUAUGCCUUUUUAAUUUUUUUUGUUCUGUUAUUUAAUUGUGAUGUCAGCGGUUUUCAGUUUGAGGUCUGUUAAUUGCAAUACUUUUACAGGAAAAAGGUGACUAAAAACUAUUUUAAAAAUGAAUAAAAACGAAUAAAUACAAGGACAAAAGAAAAAUCAAUAAAACUAUUGCUCAAAGAUGCUGUUGUAGUCCCUCAUGAAACGAUUCCACGCUUGUUCUUUCGCUGUCAUCGAAUGGCUAGAGAGAGCAAUAAAGUUGAGGA